CACAAACCCAGUCCACCCAUCCACCCAACCACCCCCAAAAAUCCCUCAUCCCCCAUCCCACAUCCCACACCAAAUUCCCAACCACAGCCCCUCCCCUCUCACCUCUAACCACCCACACGAACAAAAAUGACCACCAACCCCCUCGCCUACCGCACCGCCCAAGCCAUCGGCUUCACCGGCGCCGCCUGGCUAUCCGGCACCAUCGCCUCCCAAAGCCUAAUCACCAUCCCCGCCCUGCUAGCGCGCGACCCGACCCCGGACCCGGACUCAACCCACCAGACCCCCGGGGCCUCCUCACCUAAAACCCUGAAGAUCUGGGAACGAAUCUCCACCGCCAGCACAGCCCAAACCGCGCCGGUCGCCGCGGGCACGGCAGCCGCGUUCAUUUAUCUCGCUUGGACGGUGGCGCGGGCCGUCGAGCCGCCGCAGCUGCUGCAGUUCCUCAGUAGCAGCAGUAGUAGUCGCUAUGCCAGUCCGGGGCGGUGGUAUGCGGCUGCGGCGGUGUUGACGGUGGGGGUGGUGCCGUACUCGGCGGUGGUGAUGCGGGGGACGGAUUGGCAGAUUCUGCGGGUGGUGGAGGGGGAGGGGGAGGGGGGGGCGGAAAAGACCAGCGGGUUGCUGAAGCGGUGGGCGGUGCUGAAUGCGGUGCGGAGUCUGUUGCCGCUUGUUGGCGGGUUGUGCGGGUUUGCCGCCGCUGUGAUUUGA